AUGGCUGGGAAAUUCGCAGGAGUAUUGGCAGAAUGGUACAAGAGUACGGGGAAAAAUGGCGAUGCCUAUGUGAAAUUGGAGAAAGAAAUGAAGGAUACGUUUGAAGAAUUGGGUAAUUACUUGAAAGGGGCGAGCGAUCCAACAGGAGUGGCAGCCGCAUGUUCGAGGGUACCCGAAAGGUACUGGGUCUAUACAGGAAGGAGCCAGGACAAAUUACUUUGCAAGGCUCUACUGAGAGUAGUAUAUUGGAUGAAUGGAUUAGAUGAGUGGGCCCGCAGCAGGAGUGAUGGGGCAAAUGAAAAGGAACUAAAGGAAUAUUUAAGGUGUAUAAUAGGACACGCAGCUAUGAUAAGACUUCUAAGUAAUAAAUGUCAAGUGGUGGAUAUUGUACAAGCAGUUCAGAAGGCUCAGGCAAAUGUAGCAGGGAUCAUUGAUAAAGAAAAUCUUAAUAAAAAGUGCGGAUGGGUUACAUUAGAACAUAUGAAAUUCAGUUCAAAAUUUUUGGGCAAAACCUUGGUAGAAUGGGUAAACGAACAAAACAGGGCACAGGGAUGGUCAAGUACGUACAUUAAUUGGACAAUGUGCCCGAAGAAGGGGACAUGGGAUCAUGGAAAAAUAGAGGAAGAAAAAGAUAAAAGUAAGGGAAUUCUGGAUUUGGUAAAGGAGAAGAAGGCCAGGGAAUUACACGAAAAAGUUUAUCAGCAGGGGAGUUCAACGUCGCCUGGAAGUCCAGCGUCUGCCGUUGAUCCGACGUCCCCUGUUGGUCCGACGUCUCCCCACGGAAGUCCAACUGCAUCGGAAGACAUAUUAGAACAAUUCCUGCAGAACGCAGAAUCGUGUAAAGCAGAAGAAAAAGAUAACAUGCAGAACUGUCUAAGGAAAAAACUGGACUUAACAAUAGGUAAACCAUGUGGUGACAGCAGUAGUAAUUUCUGUAGUCGUGUGGAUUGCAUAUUGAAGAAGAAGAAGGAAAUGAAUGACAGUUCUACAGGGAAGACGGUAACAGAGAAUAAAGUGCGGGAGGAAAUAAAAACGGAAGUCACCUCAUUCGACAGCGCCCUGUCUAACAAUGCGGCAAGGGACAACGAUAUAGACACUCUGUGCAAGGACGUUAAAUGUACCAACGACGGUAAUGAAGAGCACUGUGUGAGGAAGGAAACAUGCAAACUUAUUGUUAAAGCACUAAAGGACAUACAUCAAAUCAAGAAAGAAGACGGAUCCCGUUCUGAUGGGGACAGAGAGAAUGACCGAAUAUUUAAAUCUACCAUUCACUGUAUGGCGCUUAAUGCCCUUAUACACAAAUUGAAGAAAGAGGCGGAAGAAGGUGGUUAUGGUUGUGCCGUCGAAGACGGCAUAGAGAAGGCCUUUAAGGUGGCAGAUGAUAAUCGCAGUGUGUGGUGUAAGGAGAAAGUUAAGGGGAGUGGUAAUGAGAAGGGUUCCUGUGAGUCAUGCGGGAAGGACAAUCAGUGCGUCAGUACUGAAGUGGGGGGAAUUAAGCCCAGGGAUGUAGUGUUGGGUAUGUUAAACAACGACACCACCCCCAACAUACAACCAACAUUAGAGGGAUUACAUAGUCAAGCCACUUUAUGUGAUCGUCUACACUGUGCUAUAAACCAAUGGAAGACAACAACAACAGCAGCAGGAACAAGAACAACAACAAAAGCAGGAACAGGACAAAUCAACGACGAAGAAUUUUGGAAAGAGCAUGGCCCCAUGAGGACAUUGUGGGAAGAAUUGGCAGAGAAAAUGAAGGCAACUAAUGGAACAGGGAAUGGAGAAUGUGACUCAUUUGAAACUGAAGCUGAGAAGUGGGCAUGCAAGUAUUUGCAUGCCGGCUUCAAACAACUGUACGAGGGAACUUCGUCAGCAGGAGCUGGUAACGAUGGAGUUCUAGACAACCCAUCGUUUAGACAAACGAUGGGUUGUUUCUUACUUCACGCCUAUGCAAAUGAAAUGAAAAGGAAGGCAACUUGUAAUAUUGAAAAAGGGAUAAGCACAGCUUUCACAACUGCUGGUAGUGGUAAGGGUGGUACUGCUUGCAAUGGUGGUGCCAGUGGCAAGGGACCUUGUGUCCCUUGCCAAUGGCAAGAAAACAUCCUUAACACUUGCACAAUUAAAACAAAUGGCAGCGCCCCGGGCGCUGGCCCAGAUUCGAAUGUAGAGAACAAAUUAAAGACCAUCGUCAAUGACCAGGACUCCAAAAUAGAAGAAAUGCUAACUAAAAUAAAUGAAAGGACUUCUUUAUGUGACCAUAUGAAAUGUAUAGCAACCCAUUUAAGUUCCUCUACCGGACAACAACACUCAAAUACAACUGCGGACAACUUCUGGAAGGAUGAUGUUAAGAACUUGUGGAAAGAAUUGGUAGAGGAAAUGAGGAAGAAUGGAACAAAUGGGCAAGCUGAAUGUAAUGGAUUCGAUAAUCCAUCUGCGACAGUGGCAUGCAAUUAUUUGCAUGUCGCCUUCAAGAAAUUAAAGGAACUUUCAAAGUCCAUAAAGACUGACGGCACUAAGUACCCAAUCCUGCAUAAAGACCCAUCAUUUGCACAAACGAUGGGUUGUUUCUUACUUCAUUCCUAUGCAAAACAUAUGCAGAAGGAGUCCAUUUGUGAUAUUGAAAAAGGGAUAAAACAGGCAUUCAAAGCAUGGGAACCAAAUAAUACUGGUAAUUGCACGGGCAAUAGCCCGUGCAUUGAAUGUAAAUGGGAGGGUAAGGACUAUGACACUUGCCAAAUUAAAACAAAUGGAGGCACUGGCACCACAGUCCAGACGGCAGUAAAGGAGAAAUUGGAAGAAAUUGUCCAUAAAGACAAGGACCCCAACAUUAAGACAAUGCUAAAUAAAAUAAAUAAAAUGAAGACUUUAUGUGAUGGUUUAAAAUGUAUAGCAUCCCACUUAAAUUCCACAAACACACAAACGAAGCAGAGUGCGAGCAUAUUUUGGACGGAAGGCGGCGAAGUGGGACAACUGUGGGAAGAACUAUCCAACGCCAUGAAAACAAAUGGGGGUAAUAACAAAAGUGGAAAUGUAUGUACUGAAAUGGAUGAUGGCACCACUGGCACUGGUGGCAGUAGAACUGCCACCAACCCAGAAAGGAAGGCAUGCAAUUAUUUGCAUGCCGGUCUAAAGGCAUUGUACAAUGGUCCGACGACGACGGCGACGAAGUCGUCGUCGUCGACGACUCCAUUGUUGGACAACCCACUGUUAAGACAAACAGUGGGUUGCUUAUUACUUCACGCUUAUGCAAAACAAAUGCAAGGUAAAUCCCAAUGUGUUAUCACUUCCGGUUUAAAGAAGGCAUUUCAAAAUAAUAAUACUUCAUGCACGAACGAUAGUUCGUGCAUUAAAUGUGAAUGGGAAGACACCGACUAUGACAACUGCCAAAUUACCACAAAUGACAAAACUGAGAUUGCAAAAACCAAAGUUCAAGACAUGGUGAAGGGCGGCACAACUCUAACUACCACCAUGGAAGAAGUAAACAAAACAGAGUCCUUAUGUGAUAAAUUCCAAUGUGCCGCAUCCAAUUGGUUCAAAAACCACAGUAACGUUAAUAGUGGUACUACUAAGAACACUUCGUGUAACUUUUGGGAUGGCGCAGUUAGGACAACAUUGCAAGCGAUGUUCAAGCACAUCGAUGAAAAAGGAAAGACCGAAACUAAUGCUGCAUGCAAUGACUUUGGUGAUGGUAAUCCUGAUAGUGUUGAAAGAAAAGCAUGUAAUCAUAUCACAGCAGGUUUAGAACACAUUAACACACUUAGUGGUAGUGGUGGUAAUGAUAAUGACCAACUGCUCGCUCGAGCAGUUGGUUGUAUUGCUCUUAACAUGUACGCAGAUAAAAUAAUUAACGAAUCGAAAGAGAAAUGUCCCAUUCAUGAUACAAAAAUAAUAGAAAUGUUUAAUGAAUGGAAUAGAAUUAAUAAUUAUUCGUGUUUGGACUCUGGUGGUAGUGGUAAUGGUAAUAAUAAUUGUUUCGUUUGCCAAAGGCAAUGGGAAGACUUUAAGAUUUGCGAACUAAGUGUUUCCAACACUUUGAUUAAUACAACAUCAACAAAUGGAACUUGCUCUUCUAACAACACCAACAGAAAAGAAGUCCAAACUGAAUUAAACAAUCUCUUCGAAGACAAAAAUACCAUCAAAAUGAGCGAAACAUUAUCCACCAUAAAUAAAAUGGACGACAAUUUCUGUACUCAACUCCAAUGCGCAGCAAAACAGUACCAUACCAAAACAUUAAAGAAGAGUGGGACAGAACCUGUAUCUUGGGAAAACAUCAAAAGUGACGCCACGGAGGAAUUAACUGCACUUUUAAAAGAUAUGAACGACCCUACAAAGCAGUCGGCUGCUGAACAGUACUGCAGUGACAAAGACGCUAAAUGGGAUGCUUUAGGCCAUAAAAAAAGCAAAACAAAUAAAGCAGCUUGUUUGCUUUUCGCUGCAGGAUUAAAGCACAUUUAUAACCAAAAGAAGGGCCAAAGGAAUGGCCCAUCGUUUGGACAAACGAUGGGUUGUUUAUUUCUUAAAGAAUAUGCAAAACAAUUAAAAAAAAUGGCAGAAGAGAAGAGAAAAGGAAAUAGUUGGGUACAUCCUCUUUGUGACAUAGAGGAUGGUAUAAAUCACGCUUUUGAAAAAAGUGAGAACAUUAUGAAAGAAACAUCUCCAUGCAACAAGAAUGUUCCUAAUUCUUGUUUUGUGUGCACACAAAACGGAAGUUAUGAUGAUUGUAAAAUUGGCAAUGACAAAGUAGGAAGUAAAGUUAAUAAAUUAUUCAAAGAUCCGACGAAACAAACCCAUAUGCAACAAACAUUAGAGAAUACAGUCUGUCCCAUCCUUCUUACGGAUCUCCUUACCCCUUUUCUUCCUUUGGCUCCUGUCUCUAUUGGUCUUUCUGCUAUGGCUUAUUACCUUUGGAAGUAUUUUGGUCCUCUUGGUAAAGGAGGACCACGUUUCAGAAGAUCUCCUGCUGAAAUUCCUGGUCCAUCAAUACAGGACCAUGUUCUCGGUCAUGUGGAUGAAGGUGCUGCACAUGAAUAUCGUUUAGUGAAGGAACGAAAACCUCGUUCUGCUCCAACGAGAACGAAACGUUCUGGUCGCGUGAAUCGUCGCACGAUUAUUGAAAUUCAUUUUGAAGUGUUGGACGAAUGUCAAAAAGGGGACACACAAUUGAACCAGAAGGAUUUUCUGGAACUUUUGGUUCAAGAGUUCAUGGGAUCGGAAUUUAUGGAAGAAGAACAGGUUCCUAAGGAAGAGGUUCUUAUGGAACCUGUUCCUAUGGAACUUGUUCCAAAUUUAGGUUCCGGGUUUAUGGUUUAA